GACAGACUGUCACAGGGAUAUUCUUGGUCACAGUCAACGACGUCGGCGCAGCACUUUCCUCCCCCAGCAUGGCGUCUACUUUGGGUUGAGAGCUCAUUCAGCUGGACUAUCAAACCUGUGGGACGUUUAUGGGCAAGAUCAUAUCUUACUAUAUGUAUAUUGCACAUUGAGGAUUUUACUCAAUGUGUCUACAUUGCGCAUUUUAUGGAGUGUCCAGACUGGAAGAGCAGGCAGGGGAAGGGUGACUGAGUCUUAUCCUUCUUGGCACCAUGGCUGGCAAUGACCAGGCCGGCGUUGACAUACAACCUCUAUUGCUGAAGAUAGCAGACGGAGAGCUGCUGAGCCCCGAGAAGCAGGCGGAGUUAGAUGGCCUCAUUCCAAGGGUCUCGGAGUUGCGCCUGGGAAGACUUUACGAGCUCGAGCUGGAUGUGAGGCCUCUGGCAGGGGUUCUAGGCCGAAUGGAGGGGCUGACCUUGCUGCAACUAGUUGGAAACAACACUGACUCCGGGGCUCUGACCGAGGCGGUGGGCAGGUUGUCGAAACUCAGCUCCCUGAGCCUGGUGAAGAUUGGGGCCUUAGGCGCAAGGGAGCUGGCGGGUGCGCUGAGCAAGAUCACAGGGCUAGCUUUGCUGGACCUAGCACACAACCACAUUGGGGCCGAGGCCGCGAGGGCCCUAGCGGGACCGCUGAGCAAGAUUACAGGUCUGACCUCGCUGAACCUGAAUUGCAACUUUAUGGGGGUCGACGGCGCGAGGGCCCUAGGGGGAAGGCUGGGCCAGAUGACGGGGCUGACCUCGCUGAGCCUCUCCUAUAAUGACAAGCGCGCGAAGCGGUGGAGAGGGUCAAGGCACUUCUGUUCUGGGUGUGAGCUGGGUUCAGCGCGAGGGCGAACCGAUCGGCGACGAAGUCGAUAUGCCCACUUUCAAGGAGCACAGAAACGUGGAGUGGGAGCGGAAAGGGGUCAUCCGCAUCCUGAGCAUCGACGGAGGCGGGGUGAGGGGUGUUAUUCCCGCGGUCAUACUCGGCAAGCUGAAGGAGCAUCUGGGAGGGAAGGAGAUCUGGGAGUGCUUCGACGCCGUAACUGGCACCAGCACCGGGGCGAUCCUAGCCAGCAUGCUGUUUGCACGGAAGGAGGUGGAGGGCGCCCUGCAGAAGGCUGCCCUCUAUAGCCCCGAAGAGGCGAGCGAGGAGUACCUAAAACUGGCCAACCAGAUAUUCCCGUCUUCCACCUCCGUCCGUGGAUGGAGAAAAGCACUGUGUGGAAUUGUUCCUUUGUACUCGGCAGCUCCAUUGGAGUCCAAGCUAGUCACCGCGCUCGGUGAGCAGACGCUUUCGGACACCCUCAAGCCCCUGCUCGUCCCCGCCUACGACCUGCGAUCCUCUUCUCUGGUCUUCUUCAGCAGCAUGGACAAGGUCAGGGGUAACCUCCCGCUCAGAGAUGUGUGCCGAGCCACGUCUGCGGCCCCGACGUACUUCCCUGCAAAAUCUUUGGAGGGCCCAAACCUCAACAUCCUGGCUAUCGACGGCGGUAUGGCUGCCAAUAACCCCGUGCUACAUGGCAUGGCACAUGUUUUCAAAUCGCCCAAGAACUUUCCCGGCCCGGUUGAGAAGAUGUUAGUGCUCUCGCUGGGGACUGGAGAAGGCGGGCGCGAGAGCAAGGAUCGGUCCAAGUUGGCGAGUCGAGGGCGGUUCGGAUGGGUGAUGCAUCUGGUCGACGUGAUGAUGGGCGGGACCUCCCACGCGCAGCACCUCUCGGCGAAUAAAACGCUCACGGGGGCAAAUUACCUGCGGCUACAGGCGGUUGGGCUGUCCAGGGAAGACAUGCGGAUGGACCAUGGGGACCCGAAGCAUCUAGAGAGUCUCAGGAAGAAGGUCGAGCAGCACGUUUGUGUCCAGGAGCACGGGAAGAACGUGUACGAGACAUGGGAGGAUCGGCUGAAGGACUUUGCGGAGAAGCUCCUUGAGGUUCAAUAGAGAGGCAUAGUAGGUCGUUAACUAGAAGGACGUCAUGAUUGUUUGGUAGGCGGCAGCUCUGGUAGUGGCGCUCAUUCAAUUGUGUAAAUUGUGCAUGACACUCGUAGGCAGCAUCCUCAGAACAGUGCAUCGUUGCUAUUGUUUGUUGUACAGUCCAGUAUGCACGGUGUGCAUGGUCUUGACUAGCCUGGCUCGCAUUGAAGUUGCAUCACCUUGUUUGUCAGCCGCCGACAACUUGAACAACUUGUCAUGAGAUUUGUCAGA